GCAGUUUGGUUACUGUAGGAGGAAAAAAUGUACACAGGCAUUUUAGGAUUGUAUAACAGACGAACGCUCUCUGAAUUAAUCCAUUCCCCACAGGUCUGGAAGCGUCACCCAACAAACAAGAAACACCAGAAACAUGGCGUUGGAUUCAGUCAUCCUGACAGCGGGCGCAUCUGUGGGCUUUUUCAGACUGGUAAACUGUGGAGUUGAAAAACUUCCUGUUCCAGCAACAGCUCAGAAGAAUAUAUGGAAAUGGAGGAACAUUUCUACGUCUUUCGUUCACAGCCUUAUUACCGGAUUGUGGUCUAUGCUUUGUUUUUAUAUGCAUCCACAGAUGGCGGAAGAUUUGAUAGAAACACACUCCGUCUUCUCACAUACCUUGGUAUCCGUAUCCAUUGGGUACUUCAUAUAUGACUUUUUUGACAUGAUUUUCAAUCAGAAGAUCAACCAGUCGUGGGAACUUCUUUUCCAUCACAUGGUGGUGAUCACCUGCUUCGGCCUGUCCGUGCUGACGCACCUCUACGUGGGCUUCGCCGUGGUGGCCCUGAUGGUGGAGAUCAAUUCUAUCUUUCUGCACCUGCGGCAGAUGCUGCGCAUGGCCAACAUGGCUGAGCGUGUGCUGUACCGCGUGAACAGCAUGGUCAACCUGGGCACGUAUGUGGCAUUCCGCAUCAGCACCCUGGCGUGGAUGACGCGCUGGCUGGUGCUGAACCGAGAACGCAUCCCGCUGCUCAGCUACACGGUGGGCAGUGUCGGCUUGGCCAUCGUCACCGUCAUGACCAUCGUGCUCUUCUGCCGACUGCUGCGCACAGACUUCCUCAAGUCCAGCCGUGAGAAAGAGAACAAGAAGGACAAGGAGACGUGAGGGGUACGCCCCUCGUCCUCCCCCCCGCCAUCCAGAUGCUGGCGUCUGAGGCAGUUCUUGGGCGAAUGGGGAAGACGGGUCUUUUAGUAUGACAUCAGCCCUCUGACUUCAUUCUUCCGUGACCAGUUUAUUAAAGUAAUUGAGUUUGUGUGACUUCCGAAGGCUAUAAUCAUUUUAGUCUCACAUGCAGUCAUGUAAGAGUCCAAGGAUGAUUUCCCUGAAAGCUUUCCACAGGCUCAUAACAAAUAUAGCCAGUCAUGUAGUCAUACUAUCAAAGGUGUGUGUGGUGAUAAUGACAAGGGUACAAUAAACUCAGUUUCUAAACAAACACAAUAUUAAAUAGCAAAUGUUAAACCCCACCACCCAACAAUUUAUGUACAUCUACUAAACGCUAACUCAAAUAUUAAACUGGCAAUUAAUUCUCAAACUAAUAUGUGUAGUAUGCGUGAGACUGCAUACAUUUACCUUGUAUACACCAUUUGAAGUUGGUUUGUUUAUUGGAACUACUAAGAGCUAAAGUCUUGUUGCCAGUGUCUGCUACCUCAUGAGAAUCUAGCAAUCAGUCAGUCACUCAGUCAGUCAGUCAAUCAGUCAGCCUGCUCCUAACUCACUGUGUGCUGAGCAACCAGCAGACGACAGAUAGAGCAGAAUGACACAGUGUUGGCUGUUUGUCCGAAAGCUGUGACGCAUAUAUAUCUAGAUGAUAUUGCCUAGAGAACAAGAACGGAGGAAUGAAGCUUGGGGUUGGGCUGGAGGGGUGGAAGGUUGGUUGUAUGGAGGGGUGGUUGGGUCCAAACAUGUCUAUUACUGUAUUUUAUCCGGGCAAGGGUCUAAGUAUAUCCGUUACCGCAUCUCCUUCCGGCAUGGAUGAGGCUUGGCUGUCUAAACGUGAUCACAGUCCACUGAAAUUAAUUCCACCUGCAGUGACAUCGGUCUUGGUCAAGCUCAGUAUUAAGAGGACCUCUAUCUCGGUGUUAUUACUGAAGUCAUAAAGGAGGCUAUCCUCCCCUCUCUCCCUCACAGGAUGUGCAGCUGACAGAGUGCAACAUGUCCGCUGCACUCAUGUCCGACAACUGCAUCACUGCUUAUUAGACUGUUGGCUGGCCAUUAAGCCUCGAGGUGGCACUGCAUAUAAAAACAAAAAACGAUGACCUCAUACUAUAGUCUAACCCAAGGCUGCUUGGUGUACUUAGAAAUAACUGUUAAACCAGUAACAAUCCUGCCUAAUGUGUGCCAAACAUUUUACAAACAUGUUUUGUAUGUUUGUUUUGUAUGCACAUUUGUAUAUUUGUUUUUUUAUUUUUCUUAGAUAACGUAAGUGCUGAUCUGUGUUUCUUUGUUUCAGACAAGAUAUUUUGCUUAUUGAAGAAUUUAAAUAUAGUGGAAUGAUGUCUUCUCUUUAAACAUAUUGGGGUUUGUAUGAUAAGACCUGGGCUUUGUGAUUUCCUUUUUGAUAGCCCCAGCCUGCAGGUCUGCAGGUGCAGUUUGAGUGUGUAGCUUGAACCCUCUGAGCAGAGGUUGGCAGCUUGUCAGGAGAGCUCAUGCUGGCCCUCUCAGGGUUCUGAGGAAGAUAACACACACUGUAACUACAAGUAGCAUGCCAACAUGUGCCGUAUCAGUCAUACAAAUGUAAUCAUAAUAAAAAUGACACUCCAUCUGGAGCAAGAAUGGAGCUACAUCAUUACUGUAGAUUAAGCCAAGAUUAUUGUAGAUGAAAGAGAAUCAACAGCAGAAACUACAACAACAGUCAAGUGUGCAUAUUCUUGUUUAGAGCAAACUGGCUA